AUGGCACAAGCAAGAUCAUCUGGUAGUCGACUCGUGGUAGGCGCAGUGGCAGGAACCUUGGGCGUCGUUGGUCUUUCCACAAUUUAUUUGCCCUUUUUUGCGGAUCGAGAUACGAUUCGAGGAUUGCACGAGGAGGAAGCUCCACCUACAUCACACAUGUUGGCACAGGAGAUCCGAAAAUUGCAGCAAGAAGGAAUCCUAAGAGGAGAUGAUGAGGAUGAGGCAAAGCCACCAGAAGCUAAAAAGGCAAAGGCACCUGGAAGUAUGUGGUCAAAUUUGCGGAAAUGA